AUGUCCUCCUAUAUUCCUAGUCGGUGCCCGUGUAUUAAAUGUAAUAUAUCGAAACGUUAUCAGAUAGCACUGUUAAGUAGUGUAGGAUUUAUCUUAUCGUUUGGAAUCAGGUGUAACCUCGGCGUGGCUAUUUUAAGUAUGACUACCAAUGAGACUAUACAGUUUACUGGCGACACAAAAACUAAAGCUCAAUUCAACCUUACUUUUAGUUGGACGCCGGAAACAGUUGGUAUAGUGGACAGUUCGUUUUUCUGGGGUUACAUCAUAACACAGAUACCGGGAGGUUAUCUAGCUUCCAGGUUACCAGCUAAUAGGUUAUUUGGUUUAGCUAUAGGAAUUUCAUCAUUUCUAAAUUUAUUUCUACCAGCUGCAGCCAAAGUUCAUUAUGGUAUGGUUAUAACAGUUAGAAUUCUACAAGGUCUGGUGGAGGGUGUAACGUAUCCUGCUACUCAUGGUAUCUGGAGACACUGGGCCCCGCCUUUAGAAAGAUCCAAACUAGCUACCAUAUCAUUCUGUGGGUCGUAUGCUGGAGCUGUAUUGGGGAUGCCUGUAUCAGGAGUACUGACUCAGUAUCUAGGGUGGCAGUCAGGAUUCUACUUCUUUGGUGCUCUUGGUUUACUGUGGACUGUUAUUUGGUGGUUUUUCUCGUUUGAAAGACCCUCAACUCAUCCAACCAUCUCGGAAGCUGAAAAAAUUUACAUCGAAACAUCAAUUGGUGAAAACACAUCAGUUAUACUUAAGGAUGUCAAAACGCCCUGGUUGAAGUUCUUCACCUCUAUGCCAGUGUACGCCAUCAUGGUGGCUAAUUUCUGCCGAAGCUGGACAUUUUACCUACUGAUUAUCAGUCAACCAACUUACUUUCUGAAAGUUUUUAGAUUCGAGGUCUCCAAGAGCGGUACAUUGUCAGCUUUGCCCCAUCUGGUUAUGGCUAUAAUUGUACCUAUUGGUGGACAAAUAGCAGAUUUCUUACGGAUGAGAAUAUUAACUACGACUGUCGUUAGAAAAAUCUUUAACUGUGGAGGUUUCGGAAUGGAAGCUGUGUUUUUAUUGGGUGUUGCCUUCGCACGUGAUACGGCCACCUCAAUCGCCUGUUUAACUCUAGCUGUUGGUUUCAGUGGAUUUGCUAUUUCCGGUUUCAAUGUAAACCAUCUAGAUAUAGCACCCCGGUAUGCUAGUAUUUUAAUGGGUCUAUCUAACAGUGUCGGUACCCUGUCAGGAAUGUUAUGUCCUAUCGUAGUACAGAGAAUUACCAAAGGACAAGAGCGAGAUUUUGAAACGGCAACCAGAGAAUGGGAGUACGUCUUUCUUAUUGCUAGUAUGAUUCAUUUUGCUGGUGUUAUAUUCUACGCUAUAUUCGCCUCGGGUGAGAAACAACCCUGGGCAGACCCACCCUCGGAGGAAGAAUGGCGACCAGAGCAUUCAUUGAAACCUAAUACAAAUAAUUUCACCUAUAAAAAAUACGGCUCGACCCAGAACGAAUCAAUCGACUAUAAUACAUCGCCCAAUCAAUCACCAGUUUAUGAAACAAGAGAAGAAUUUGUGCAGAAGGAAAGUAAAGACAGUUAUAUGAGAGAUGGGGGUGGGGAUUUUUGA